AGACGGAUUAGAGGAACGCAUCUACUGGCCUUCCUCGGGCCGGCAAAUCGAACGAUAUGCAGCAGGCAAUCCUCACGCCUUGCGAGAAGUCGUGACAGUGUACGGCGAGAGACGUGAACUUUACUUUUACAAGUCAAGACUUGACGGACUCGUGAAGCAUGUGGAGCGGUUUGGAAGAAAGAUAUCUGAAGAGUUUGAAGGCCGCGAAGAUGGGUUGAUUGCGCACUCAGUGCAAUUUGCCGAUAUAUCCGAGGCAAACGCGAAUAACGAAACCAUCAAGCAACAGAAAAAAGAUAUUCUUACUGUAGCUUUUUUGUGUGGUCGCUCGCUACCGAAAGAUGCAAAAAGAUUUGCUGAUAAGGUUUUCAAGCGUCGUGAUACCCCAGGCAGAAGCCGUGCAUAG